CUGCUAAAGCUCUCCACUCCCAAUGGUCCCCGCCAACCGGAUAAGAGUGCGCACGGGACCCGCCUUCCCCUCUCGGCACCGCCCCCGCCCCCGCCCCCUCGGCUCGCCUCCCGCGUGGCUCCUCCCUUUUCCGCUCCUCUCAACCUGACUCCAGGAGCUGGGGUCAAAUUGCUGGAGCAGGCUUAUUUGCAUAGCCCAAUGGCCAAGCUGCAUGCAAAUGAGGCGGAAGGUGGUUGGCUGAGGGUUGGCAGGAUAACCCCGGAGAGCGGGGCCCUUUGUCCUCCAGUGGCUGGUAGGCAGUGGCUGGGAGGCAGCUGCCCAAUUAGUGUCGUGCGGCCCGUGGCGAGGCGAGGUCCGGGGAGCGAGCGAGCAAGCAAGGCGGGAGGGGUGGCCAGAGCUGCGGCGGCUGGCACAGAAGGAGGAGCCCGGGCGGGCGAGGGGCGGCCGGAGAGCGCCAGGGCCUGAGCUGCCGGAGCGGCGCCUGUGAGUGAGUGCAGAAAGCAGGCGCCCGCGCGCUCGCCGUGGCAGGAGCAGCCCGCACGCCGCGCUCUCUCCCUGGGCGACCUGCAGUUUGCAAUAUGACUUUGGAGGAAUUCUCGGCUGGAGAGCAGAAGACCGAAAGGAUGGAUAAGGUGGGGGAUGCCCUGGAGGAAGUGCUCAGCAAAGCCCUGAGUCAGCGCACGAUCACUGUCGGGGUGUACGAAGCGGCCAAGCUGCUCAACGUCGACCCCGAUAACGUGGUGUUGUGCCUGCUGGCGGCGGACGAGGACGACGACAGAGAUGUGGCUCUGCAGAUCCACUUCACCCUGAUCCAGGCGUUUUGCUGCGAGAACGACAUCAACAUCCUGCGCGUCAGCAACCCGGGCCGGCUGGCGGAGCUCCUGCUCCUGGAGACCGACGCUGGCCCCGCGGCGAGCGAGGGCGCCGAGCAGCCCCCGGACCUGCACUGCGUGCUGGUGACGAAUCCACAUUCAUCUCAAUGGAAGGAUCCUGCCUUAAGUCAACUUAUUUGUUUUUGCCGGGAAAGUCGCUACAUGGAUCAAUGGGUUCCAGUGAUUAAUCUCCCUGAACGGUGAUGGCAUCUGAAUGAAAAUAACUGAACCAAAUUGCACUGAAGUUUUUGAAAUACCUUUGUAGUUACUCAAGCAGUUACUCCCUACACUGAUGCAAGGAUUACAGAAACUGAUGCCAAGGGGCUGAGUGAGUUCAACUACAUGUUCUGGGGGCCCGGAGAUAGAUGACUUUGCAGAUGGAAAGAGGUGAAAAUGAAGAAGGAAGCUGUGUUGAAACAGAAAAAUAAGUCAAAAGGAACAAAAAUUACAAAGAACCAUGCAGGAAGGAAAACUAUGUAUUAAUUUAGAAUGGUUGAGUUACAUUAAAAUAAACCAAAUAUGUUAAAGUUUAAAUGUGCAGCCAUAGUUUGGGUAUUUUUGGUUUAUAUGCCCUCAAGUAAAAGAAAAGCCAAAAGGGUUAAUCAUAUUUGAAAACCAUAUUUUAUUGUAUUUUGAUGAGAUAUUAAAUUCUCAAAGUUUUAUUAUAAAUUCUACUAAGUUAUUUUAUGACAUGAAAAGUUAUUUAUGCUAUAAAUUUUUUGAAACACAAUACCUACAAUAAACUGGUAUGAAUAAUUGCAUCAUU